ACGGCGGGCGUGGAGAUGCAGCCGUCGCGAAGCGGGAGCUACUGGCGCGCGGUGCUGGCCCGGGCCCGCCGCGCGGUGCUCUUAUCGGGACCCCGCUGGGCCUCGGACGGCUCGGGUUACGCGCAGGAUCCCCUGGCCGGAGCCGGCGAGCUGCCGGGAGAGCUGGACAGAUUCGGGGGCGUCUCGGUGCGCCUGGCGCGGCUGGACACGCUGGACCGCCUGGACCCCGCCGCCUUCAAGAGGGCCUUGCAGGCUGCAGUACAGAAAUGGAGAUCAGAAGGUAGAGUAGCCAUAUGGUUGCACAUUCCCAUCCUCCAAAGCCGCUUUAUUGCCCCUGCCGCUUCCCUGGGCUUCUGCUUUCACCACGCAGAAUCGGAUGCUUCCACGCUGACCCUGUGGCUGGGAGAGGGGCCCAGCAGAUUACCAGGAUACGCGACACAUCAAGUGGGAGUUGCAGGAGCUGUAUUUGAUGAAAAUACUAGAAAAAUAUUGGUUGUACAAGAUCGAAAUAAAUUGAAAAAUAUGUGGAAAUUUCCAGGAGGCCUGUCAGAGCCUGGAGAAGAUAUCGGAGAUACAGCAGUUCGAGAAGUUUUUGAAGAGACUGGUAUAAAAUCAGAAUUCAGGUCCCUCCUAAGUAUUCGGCAACAACACACCAAUCCCGGAGCUUUUGGGAAGUCAGACAUGUAUUUCAUCUGCCGCUUACAGCCAUAUUCAUUCACCAUAAAUUUUUGCCAGCAAGAAUGCUUAAGGUGUGAGUGGAUGGAUCUCAGUGACCUGGUCAAGACUGAAAACACAACUCCCAUCACCAGCAGAGUUGCUAGGCUGCUGCUGUACGGGUACAGAGAAGGGUUUGACAAGAUAGAUCUGACCAUGGAAGAACUUCCAGCAGUUUACACAGGCUUGUUCUAUAAACUCUAUCACAAGGAACUGCCAGACAAUUACAAAACUGUGACAGGAAUGUGUUAAAUUCAUAUUUAUAAGUAGUGGACAUUUGGAUUAAAUAUCUCACUUUAAUUUUCUAAUGUCUAUGAUUUCCAUGAAGAAAACUUGUGUGUGCACAUUUUAAAAGCCUCUUUUCAAAUGAAGCAAACGUUAUCAGAAAGAUUGUAGCUCUAAGUAAGCUUCACUGGAUAAAGGCAAAUGCUAUAUAAAAAAUGGAAAUCUAUAUAUUUUCCAGGAAUUUUUUUUAACUAAGGCAAUGAUUAAAUAUUUUACUAUUAGAUAAAAGGUUAUCUGGCCAGUUAUCCAAACUGAGCAGGUAGCUGUACACAUUUUUCUUCUUUCAUUAACAAAUUUCUAAAAUAUACCUCUUCUUUCAUGUGAAAUGAUCAGAUGCUGCCAUUAAGAUCAGCUCUUAGCAGACAUUGGAAGAAAAAGUAUAGCUUUCUGCCCAGGUCCUGUUUUGGGUCCAAGUUUGUACUGCCCAGUUCGUUUCAGUGCCACAUACCAACUGGAGUAUUUCCUUGACCGGUAAGUAUUGUAGUUAUUAGAUUCCAAUCGUUCAAAAAAGAAACACUCGUCUGUAACACAUUUCUGAAAAAUAAAGGAAAAAUCAGUAGUUAUUAUUCUUUUCAUAAUAAAUAUUUGAUGACAAUACACAGUGCUUUGGGUUUAGCAGACAAUCAAACUAAAGUGAGACAGGCCAAAAUCUGACACGACCUAAUUCUGCAGGAAGAGCAGGAUGGGAGCACAGCAUGUCAGCAGGACAACUUCAAGCACACCUCUCCAGAGGAGCAGUCCAAGGACCAUUCUUCGCCCCACAGGUCAGGUGUAGUAUAGGAACCACAGCAGUUCAGACUUGAAACAUCCCAUGUAUGUAGAUUUUAGUGUCCCCACAAAGAGGUAUAUACAUCCAGUAACAAGCAGCACGCUCCAUUGAGGGAAACCCAAAGCAGUAGCUUCUGCUUAGGUAUUUACGGCCCAUACAACCCCUCUCAGUCUAGUGAUGAAACACUCCUGGAACUACAACCCAGGGGUAACCUUCCCAUAAAGAAAGGUUUUAUUCGUACGUUGCUCACAGAAACAAUUCCUUAAAUUUGAACAAAUGUUUCUAGUGACUAACUAAUGUUGGUUCUAAGGCAUAAAAAGAAUAUUGUAGAGAAAAUAGCUAAUGUAUAUAAUGCCGAAAAUUGUACUGGAACAUUAUAAUAUGGUUAGCAUUCUCAAAAUCAGUAGAUAAUGAAUAAGUAAUGUAGACCCCAUUGGUUUCUGGCAGUCUUUCUUGUGGGAAGGGAAACUACCCUGCCAUUUUACGUCAACUAUGUAGCAGAGGGGGAAAAACAGCUAGCUUUACAAGUAGUUAGACCUGGAAAUACUAUUACAAGUAAUGGAGUCCAAAAUAGGCUGCCACAUUAUUUCAGGUAAAUGUUCAAAAGUCAGUUUCACAAGGGGGCACGUGAUACUUAACCUCUGGCACGGGAGUAGUCAACAAACGACCAUGCUUUAAGGAAAGAGAGGAAAUAUUUUUUUAUGUUACAAUUAGAUGAGAAUGAUCAACUCAUAGAAUACCAUAUAUAUUUACACAUCUCUCCACAUGUAAAUAUAACGUGUACAUAGAUAUAACAUGAAUCUAUGGUUUUGUAUUAAUGAGCAUAUCAGAUUCCAACUAAUUCCUAUAUAUUCAAGUCUAAGAAACCAGGUUUGGGGAAGUCCACAUUCAAGACUGGAGUAUUUUCCCAGAUUUUGGUUCUAAGAUAAACUAAACAAUGGCACAAAGUGUGAGAAAAACACCAGUAAGCAAAACAAUGAAAAGAGAUGGCAUAAUAACCAAAAUGUUUUAAAAGUAAAGGACUGAGAAGGAAACAUAAUACUUAAUAAAAGAUACCUAUGACAGACCCACAGCCAACAUAGGGAAAAGUUGAAAAGAAAGCUUUCCCACUAAAAUCUAGAACAAGACAAGGAUGCGCACUCACCCCUUCUAUUCAACAUAGUAUUUGAAGCACUAGCUACAGCAAUCAGAAAAAAGGGAUCAAAAUUGGAAGGGAAGAGGUAGAAUGUCACUAUAUGCAGACAACAUGAUACUAUAUAUAGAAAACCCUGAAGACUCCACAAAAAUGACUAGAGCUUACAAACAAAUUCAGCAAGGUAGCAGGUUACAAGAUGAACGUACAGAAAUCUGUUGCAUUUCUUUACACUAAUAAUGAAAUAUCAAAAAAAAAUUUUUAAACCACUUUAAAAAUUGCAUUAAAAAAAACUUAGGAAUAAACCUGACCAAGGAGGUGAAAGGCUUAUACACUGAGAACUCUAAAACACUAAUAAGGAAAUUAAAGAUGAUUUAAAGAAAUGGAAAGGUAUCCCAUGCUCUUGGAUCAGAAGAAUUAAUACUGUUAGAAUUGGGCAUACUACCGAAAGCAAUCUACAGAUUUAAUGUGCUCCCUAUCAAACUACCCAGGACAUUUUCCGCAGAAAUAGAACAAAUAAUUAUAAAAUUUAUAUGGCAUCACAAAAGACCCAGAAUUGCCAAAGCAACACUGAAGAAAAAGAACAAAGCUGGAGGCAUAAUUCUCACAGAAUUAAAUCAAUACUACAGAGCUACAGUAAUUAAAACAGUGUGGUAUUGGCACAAAAAGACAUGGACCAAUGGAACAGAAUAGAGAGCCCAAGAAUAAACCCACACACCUACAAUCAAUUGGUCUUUGACAAAAGAGGGAAGAAUACACAAUGGAGAAAAGAGUCUCUGACUAGUGGUGCUGGGAAAGCUGGAUAGCCUCAUGUAACCAAUGAAGCUAGAGCACUCCCUCACACUAUAUACAAAAAUAACUCAAAAUGGCUUAAAGACUAAGUAUAAGACAGGACACCGUAAGUCUGGAAGAAAACAUAGGCAAAACAUUUUCUGACAUAAUCAGCAAUGUUUUUCUAGGUCAGUCUACUGAGGCAAAAAUAAACCAAUGGGACCUAAUCAAACUUACAAAGAAAAGGAAACCAUCAACAAAACAAAAAGACAACCUUGAAUAUAGGAGAAAAUAUUUGCAAAUGAUGCAACUGACAAGGGCUUGAUUUCCAGAAUAUAUAAACAGCUUACACAACUCAGUAACAAACAAAAAAAAAAAAAAAAAUCAAAAAAUGAGCAGAAGACCUAAACAGACAUUUCUCCAAAGAAGACAUAUAGAUGGCCAAUAGGCACAUUAAAAGAUGCUUAAUAUUGCUAAUUAUCAGAGAAAUGCAAAUCAAAACUACAAUAAAGUAUCAUCUCACACAGGUCAGAACAGCUAUCAUUUAAAAGUCUACAAACAAGAAAUGCUGGAGAGGAUGUGGAGAAAAGGGAACCCUCCUACACUGCUGUUGGGACUAUAAUUUAGUGCAGCCACUAUACCAAACAGUAUGGAGAUUCCUUAAAAAAAUUAGUUACCAUAUGAUCCAGCAGUCCCACUCCUAGGCAUAUAUCCAGAGGAAACUAAUUCAAAAAGAUACAUGCACUCCAGUGUCCAUAGCAACACUAUUUACAAUAGCCAAGACAUGGAAGCAACCUAAAUGUCCAUCGACAAAUGAAUGGAUAAAGAAGCUGUGGUAUAUUUAUACAACAGAAUACUACUCAGCCAUAAAAAAGAAUAAAAUAAUGCCAUUUGCAGCAAUGUGGAUGGACCUAGAGGUAAUAGAAAGUGCAGUAAGUCAGAGAAAGACAAAUAUUACAUGAUAUCACUUACAUGUGGCAUCUAACAAAAAUGAGACAAAUGAACUUAUUUACAAAACAAAGUGACACAGACAGAAAACAAAUUUACAGUUACCAAAAGGGAAGGGAGGGAGGAAGAAAUAAAUGAGGAGUUUGGGAUUAGCAGAUACAAACCACUAUAUACAGAAUAAACAACAAGGUCCUACUGUAUAGCAUAGGGAACUACAUUCAGCAUCUUGUAAAAACCUAUCAUGAAGAAGAAUAUAUAUAUAAAUAACUGAGUCACUAUGCUGUACACCAGAAACUAAAAUAAAAUUAUAAAUCAAGUAUACUUCAAUUUAAAAAAAGGUUCCAUUUAAAAAAAAAAAAAGUAAAGGACUGAGAAAGACCUAAAAGUAAAUAACAUGUAUCUCAGUCUAGAUCUAAAGUAAGGAUGUGGUGUUAGCUCCUGUAAUCUGCUUCUAGAGUUAAGAAUCUUACUGGCUAUUUACUUGGCUUUAAUAUUUCGACCACUGUUAACUGCACUUUUAAAAAUUGAAACACCAACUUAUCUAAUUUGCUCAUUUUUUUACAACUUACUAAGAAAGCAACUUAAGACUUUCUGAUACAAAUAAAUCACAGGUAGCCUUACAAAGAAGCAUAAAGACCCAGCUAUACGAUACACAGGACUGUCCUGUGGUGUUCAAAGAGAUCCAGAUGUGAUAACAAUGGAACACUUAUUCCUAGAGUAAU